CUCUACAGUUCUGUACACCCUUUGGAACUUUAACCAAAUCUCUCUCUAUGUGUAUCUGUUUUCUUCUCUUUGACGGUUCAUUUUAUUGUUACCUUUAACACCUCUCCAGUUCUCCAGUUUCACACUUCAAACUCCUUAUUAUAGCCUAACUUUCCAGCUUCAGCCCGCCCAUAUCUCCAAAUAUCCAUGUUUAAAUCCCACCUUAAUACUUGCUUCACUUUUCAGCUAUUGCCAGGGCAACCUCAGGGGCUUAUUUUUCUUCUUCUUCUUCUUUACAUUUUUUCAUCAUCUGAAACUUGAAGCGUGCUUCUUCAGGGACUAGAAAGAUGCCACCGAGACCCAAGUUACAAAACCAUGGUCUUUCACUUAAUACAAUACUCUUCUCAAUUCUGGUGAGUCUGUUUAUGUGCAAGGCAAUUAGUUUAGCGGCUGUUUUUGAUGAUAAAGAUGCUUUAUUGCAUUUCAAAUCUGCUAUUGCUGAAGACCCUUUAGGGUUCACUUCUAGUUGGAACCCAAAUGAUAAAGACCCUUGCUUUUGGCAUGGUGUUACAUGUGACCCACUUGCAGGUCGAGUCAUUAGCCUUAAUCUUUCUUCUAACCUCAAUUCUACAUGUUCUAUACUUUCACUUUCUACAUCACCAACAACUGUAGCGGCUGGUCAAGUUGGAGGUAACUUUUCUUUGCUAUAUCCUUGUUUGCAUGUUGGUGCUGAUGACAAGAAUUCUUUUGCUAAAUUGAGAGGUAAAUUAUCUCAUGCUAUUGGCUAUCUAACAAAGCUUAGAGUUUUAUCACUUGGGUUCAAUGGAUUCUUUGGUGAGCUGCCAUUGGAGAUUGGAAAGCUUAAUCUUUUGGAAAUUCUUGAUUUAGGUUUUAAUGCUUUUCAUGGUCCUAUACCAGUCACCUUAAAGAACUGCACUGCAUUGAGGGUUAUUAAUCUUUCUGGGAAUCAAUUGAAUGGAACAAUUCCUGCAAUUUUUAGGCAAAUUAAAAGUUUGCAAGUUGUUGACUUUUCUUUUAAUAAGUUGAGUGGUGAAAUUCCUGAGGAAUUAGGUGAGAAUUGUGGGAGUAUAGUGCAUCUUCAUCUUGCAAGUAAUGGACUUUUGGGUUCAAUUCCUUCCAACUUGGGGAAUUGUGGUGAGCUUAAGUCUUUGAUACUGUCUUCUAAUAUGUUGCAAGGUGAUAUUCCUUCAAGUCUUGGUAAACUUGAGAAUCUUGAAGCACUGGACUUGUCUAGGAAUUUCUUAAGUGGGGUUGUACCACCAUCUUUGGGAGAUUGUAAGCAGUUGAAAUUGCUUGUGUUGAAGAACAACUAUGGUCCCCUGUUUUCAAGGAAAGACUCUAGCUUGACAUUUCAGCAAGAGGACGAUGGAGUUGGAGAGGAGGAUUUUAAUUAUUUUGAGGGGGAACUACCUGAGAGAAUUGUAGAACUUUCCACUGUCCAUGUUCUUUGGGUGCCAAAUGCGAAUUUGGAGGGCAUUUUCCCUAAAACUUGGGGGUCGUGUUCUAACUUGAAAAUGCUGAAUGUAGCACAGAAUUUCUUGACUGGACAAAUACCUGUGUCCUUUGGUGAGUGUAAGAACUUGUACUUCCUUGAUUUGAGCUCCAAUAACUUGACCGGUUUGCUUCCAGCAGAAAUUUCUGUUCCAUGCAUGGUCGUGUUCAACAUCAGCCAUAAUUCCUUGUUUGGGAACAUUUCAAGAUUUUCUUAUGGUGAGUGCUCUAAUAGUUCAGUGAAUCUGUCAGUGUCAUAUGUGGACUUGGUUGGGUUCUACUCUUCUUUCUUUUAUAGGAACGCUCUCAUGAAUGUUGGUCCUUUCUCCUUUUCCUCAAGUGAAUUUGUUGUAUUGCAUGAUUUCAGCAGGAAUCAAUUCACUGGCUCAGUUCCUCCCUUUUUUAUUUCUUCAUAUUGUUUGUCUGCUAAGCCACAUUAUGGUUUCUGGUUGAAUGGGAACAAUUUUGAAGGUAAUCUUUCAGCAUAUUCUUUUGAUCCUUGUCCAAGGUUGGAUGGUUUGAUCUUUGAUAUUAGCAACAACAAGAUUGUAGGUGAACUUCCUCCAGACAUAGGCAGCACUUGUAGGUGCUUGAAAAUUUUGAGUUUAGCAAGCAAUGCAUUUGUUGGUUCAAUUCCUACAUCAUUCACUAACAUGCAUUCUCUAAUUAAGCUUGACCUCAGUGAAAACAGAUUGCAAGGUCCUAUUCCAUCUUAUAUUGGAGUGAUGAAGAAGAUGAGGUGCCUUUUACUUUCUAAUAAUAACUUUACUGGUGCAAUACCUUGGGAUUUAGUUCAACUGUUGUCAUUAGAGGUUUUGGAGCUUUCUUCAAAUUCCCUCUCAGGAGAGAUACCAGCUGAUUUGGCGAAGCUCAAGCACCUUAGUAUUCUACGGUUAGAUCAUAACAAGCUCACAGGGCAGAUACCCUUUGGCUUUAGUAACAUGACUACACUUUCAGUAUUCAAUGUUUCUUUCAACAAUUUGUCUGGAUCUAUCCCUCUGAAUUCAAAUUCAAUAAAUUGUGAAAGUGUGAAAGAAAAUCCUAACCUUCAUCCUUGUCACACUGAUCAAUCAUCCUCUGAAAUGGAGCGGCGGCACUUUGGUAAUAUUUCACAACAAGGAGCUUAUUCUCCCAUGGAAAGCAUACAGAAAAACGACAGUCAGUUCAGUCCAAUAGAAAUUGCCUCCAUCACGUCUGCUUCAAUAAUUUUUUCUGUCCUCAUAGCCUUGGUUUUCCUCCUUAUAUGCAUGAAGAAAUUUGCAUGCAAUUCUGUAUCAGAUCAAGUUUCAGGUAGAAGAGAGGUGGUAACUUGCAACAGCAUUGGUGUACAGCUGACAUAUGAAAAUGUUGUUAGGGCCACUGGUUGUUUCAAUCUCCAAAACUGCAUUGGUAGUGGAGGUUUUGGGGCAACAUACAAGGCCGAAAUCACUCCAGGAGUUGUGGUUGCAGUCAAGCGGCUCUCAGUUGGUAGGUUUCAAGGUGUUCAACAGUUUGCUGCUGAGAUCAAGACUCUUGGACGGGUGCAGCAUCCAAGUCUUGUAACUCUUAUAGGUUACCAUGUUAGCGAGGCUGAAAUGUUCCUGAUUUAUAACUACUUGCCGGGUGGCAAUUUGGAAAAAUUCAUUCAGGAGCGAUCAAGGAGGAAACCAGAAUGGAGUAUGCUACACAAGAUUGCUCUGGAUAUAGCACGUGCCCUUACUUAUUUGCAUGAUGAUUGUGUCCCUAGGGUAUUGCACCGUGACAUCAAGCCAAGCAACAUUCUUUUGGAUAAUAACUUCAAUGCAUACCUAUCUGAUUUUGGCCUUGCUAGGCUUCUUGGCACUUCUGAAACUCAUGCAACUACUGAUGUUGCAGGAACUUUUGGAUAUGUAGCCCCUGAAUAUGCUAUGACAUGCCGCGUCUCUGACAAGGCAGAUGUGUAUAGUUAUGGCGUUGUUCUUCUGGAAUUAUUGUCUGACAAGAAGGCUUUGGAUCCAUCCUUCUCUUCCUUUGGAGAUGGUUUCAACAUUGUGACGUGGGCAAGCAUGCUUCUUGGGCAGGGUCGAGGCUGUGAGUUUUUUACCGCUGGCCUAUGGGAUUCUGGACCUCAACAUGAUUUGAUUCAGGUGCUUCAAUUGGCUGUUAUGUGUACCGGUGAAUAUCUUUCAUCGAGGCCAUCUAUGAGGCAAGUAGCCCAAAGGUUGAAAACGAUUCAACCUCCGACAUCUUAGGAAUUUUUUUUUUUUUCUUUCAAGAUGUCUCUUCUGCAAGUCAUCAAUAUAAUUGCAAAGCCAAUGUUUUCUUAUUUUUCAUUGAGUUUAGUACAUUUCUUGUAAAGAACACAUCAAAGUUAUUCCCGGGAGACGUUUUAAUAAAAAAUU